GCUGCCAUAGCCGAGCAACUUGUUUAUCGAGUGAAGUUAACGUGGUUGGUUUUUAAACUGAACCGGUUGCUUUUUGUGAAUUGACGGCGGAAUUAAGUGCCUCGUGUAGUGUAGGUGCCUAUAACUGUUCCGUAGACAUCAAUAGAGAAAACGAUCGAGCUAGCAAAACCCAGGUAAGAACCUCAAAGAGCAUCUUCCUACUUAUAUCAAAGGUAGGUGAGUAAGUACCAAGUAAGUAUCUAAACCCUUGCCUUCAUUUUCCCGCUGAGAAAUUCUCGUUAUAUUAUAUAGUCCAGGACAAUGGAUGUGGUACGAAAGUUUAUCAUCCUACCACUAACUACAUUUUUAGAUCGAUGGGUUGCGGAGCUUUGUUCUUGUUAUGUCCCAGCAUUUGCUUUGGUUAGUCCCGGACCGAGCCGAAUGGAGACAGUCAGGGCUCGGACUCGGGAAAUUAGUGGAACGGAGGGUUACGAAGUAAAAACGAAAAGAGGGACUUGGAGUCGCGGGGCGCGGACAUAACGGCGGGAAACAGUGAUCAAUUAAAUCGCCUGCCCAAUGCCUAGUAACACCACCU